AGGGGUGGAGCAGAACCAUAAAUACGAGCCCUCUGGGCUCCUCUCCACUUCCUGCGUGUGCCUGCCCUUCACCGCCAGCCAUGCCACCCUACACCAUCGUCUACUUCCCCGUCCGAGGGCGCUGCGAGGCCAUGCGCAUGCUGCUGGCCGACCAGGGCCAGAGCUGGAAGGAGGAGGUGGUCACCAAGGACUCCUGGAUGCAGGGCACGCUCAAGGCCUCCUGUCUGUACGGGCAGCUCCCCAAGUUCCAGGACGGAGACCUGACCCUGUACCAGUCCAACGCCAUCCUGCGCCACCUGGGCCGCUCCCUCGGGCUCUACGGCAAAGACCGGCGGGAGGCGGCGCUGGUGGACAUGGUGAACGACGGGGUGGAGGACCUGCGCAGGCUCUGCAGCCACCUCAUCCACCACAGCUACGAGGAGAGCAAGGCCCAGUACAUCGAGGAGCUGCCGGGGCGCCUGCAGCCUUUUGAGACCCUGCUCUCCCAGAACCGGGGCGGCCAGGCCUUCAUCGUGGGUGACCAGAUCUCCUUCGCCGACUACAACCUGCUGGACUUGCUGCUGAAUCACCAGGUCCUGGCGCCCGGCUGCCUGGACUCCCUGCCCCUGCUCUCAGCCUACGUGGCUCGCCUCAGCGCCCGGCCCAAGCUCAGGGCCUUCCUGGACUCCCCCGAGCACGUGAAUCGCCCCGUCUUUGGAACCCGAAAGACAUGAGCCUGCGUGGCACCCUGGGGAGAGGGGCUGCCCUUGGAAACCAAUAAAUGCCAUGAGGGGGAA